AUGACGUCGGCCUUUGCGUACCUCCUGGACCGUAGUAUAGGGCUACCAAGCCGUAAUUUUUGUGAUAAUUUGCACUCUCAACAGUCUCGUAAGCUACUACGAUACUCUCCAUCCACCAAUAAUUUUAUUUUUCGUCAAGGAAUGCGCGUCUGGAGCUUUCGAUUAGAUCCAAUGGAGCAGCGAUAUCUCUUAGUUGGUACUUCUCAGUCGCAAGUGUUGGUAUUUGAUCUUCAAACCCUAGAUGAAGCUGAUAUGGUGUGUAACCCUACUUACAACACUACUACUACACUAGAUCCUCUAUGCGUCGUUAAGGCGAAAACAGACUCGAGCCAAUCCCAGACUCUUCAAUUUGGUAUUUCAAUGGUUGACUGGUAUCCUAUCGAUGGAGGUCUAUUUAUUACAAGUUCCUUAGAUAAACAUGUAAAAAUCUGGGAUGCAACAACUUUUGCUUGUGUCAGUACGUUACCAUUACGUAGUAAAGUUUUUGGAGCAAAAUUCUCUGCAGUGAGUACAACUCAUGCAUUAAUUGCAGCUGUUACUGCCACUGGAGAAGUGAGACUUGUCGACAUGGAAAGUAAUGCCACAGCUCAUACUUUAUUAGGUCAUAAAGACGAAAUUUGGACAUUGGAUUGGGCACCAACUAGUGAAUUUGUACUGGCAACGGGGUCAAGAGAUGGCGAAAUUCGUCUUUGGGAUAUCCGACGAUCUGGAGCAACAGCUUGUCUACUAUGUUUGAAUUACGAAGGAAAGGCGAAUGUACCGGGAAGAUCCCAGUUGUACACUAAUGUGACACGAGAGAAACCAAUGUCCGUGUCGACUGCUGCUACAGCGAGAAAAAGACAACGAAUCGGUGGUGCAUUCGAGGCUCAAGCUAGAGAUCAGCAAAAAGCGAGACUGCGAGUUGACAGUCAUCAGAAGAAGAUGUAUGCUUCUAUCAAUAGGCAGAAGCGGAACGACCCACAUGCUGCAGCGAGUACGUCGCUGGCGGUUGCUCACAAUGCAGGUGUGACAAGUUUAGUGUAUACGCCGGAUGGAAGAUUUUUGCUGAGUAAUGGUAUGGACGAAAAGCUCAGGUUGUGGAAUGCGACGUCAGGCGAACACCAGUUUAUGAACUAUCAAGGUGUGCAAAAAACGCAACCUCGUGCUUCGAGAAACGUACAAAUGGCUGUUGCUCAAGAAGGCGAGGCUUACGAAACAACGCUAAUGUUCAUUCCGAACGGGUUGGAGGGUGCAGUGGCUUCAUACCGCGUUUUCGGAGAUAACGGUAUUCCACUAGGGUCGGCUUCAGCUCAUUAUCAACAGGUGACUGCAUGCCUGUAUCGGAAAUCGACACGUGAGCUCUACUCAGCAGGUGAAGAUGGACUCAUCAUGAAGUGGAAGCCUCCACCCGUCGAUUUGUAUCCUGACAUGGCAGAAGAUGCCAGUGGCAAUGACAAUAUGCAACAUGAUGGACUAAAUGCUGGUACUGCAAUUGGUGAUGAAGAUACAUGGAGCGAUGAUGAUGACGAUGAAGAAAGAUUGAGUCAAUUCGUUCCUCCCAUUUUACGAGACAACGCGUGA